CGGCGCCCCAGCCCAACUUGGCCUGGGCCUCGCCCUCUGCCCGGCCCGCCGGUGUCCCCUCCUUCCCGCGAUUCCGUUUCUUCUCACGCUCCCCCCACCCUCCCUCCCCGCGUCCAGCCCCGCUCUCCCCACCUUGUAAAACAAAGCCGGGGAAAAUGCCUGCCCGUGCAGCUCGGAGCGCGCAGCCCGUCUCUGAAUAAGAAGUGAGUACAAUGGCCUGUUUGUAAAAGCUUCAAGUCAGUCUUUUUUUUUUUUUUUUUUUUUUUUUAAACAUUUUGAAUGCUGCAUGCCUCAUGCUUCCCAGCACCUCGCGGGAGAGACCCGGCUAUACAGCAGGAGUGGCGGCACCUGACUUGCUGGAUCCUAAGUCUGCUGCUCAGAACUCCAAACCGAGGCUCUCGUUUUCCACGAAACCCACCGUGCUUGCCUCCCGGGUGGAGAGUGACGCGACCAUUAAUGUUAUGAAAUGGAAGACGGUCUCUACGAUUUUCCUGGUGGUUGUCCUCUAUCUGAUCAUCGGAGCCACUGUGUUCAAAGCGUUGGAGCAGCCUCAUGAGAUUUCCCAGAGGACCACCAUUGUGAUCCAGAAGCAGACAUUCAUCUCCCAACACUCCUGUGUCAACUCCACCGAGCUGGACGAGCUCAUCCAGCAAAUAGUGGCAGCAAUAAAUGCAGGGAUUAUACCUUUAGGAAACACCUCCAAUCAAAUCAGUCACUGGGAUUUGGGAAGUUCCUUCUUCUUUGCUGGCACUGUUAUUACAACCAUAGGGUUUGGAAACAUCUCACCACGCACAGAAGGGGGAAAAAUAUUCUGUAUCAUCUAUGCCUUACUGGGAAUCCCCCUCUUUGGUUUUCUGUUGGCUGGAGUUGGAGAUCAACUAGGGACCAUAUUUGGAAAAGGAAUUGCAAAAGUGGAAGAUACAUUUAUUAAGUGGAAUGUUAGUCAGACCAAGAUUCGCAUCAUCUCAACAAUUAUAUUUAUCCUGUUUGGUUGUGUGCUCUUUGUUGCUCUGCCUGCAAUCAUCUUCAAGCACAUAGAAGGCUGGAGUGCCCUGGAUGCCAUUUAUUUCGUGGUUAUCACAUUAACGACCAUUGGCUUUGGUGACUACGUUGCAGGUGGAUCAGAUAUUGAAUAUCUAGACUUCUAUAAGCCUGUUGUGUGGUUCUGGAUCCUUGUAGGCCUUGCUUACUUUGCUGCUGUCCUGAGUAUGAUUGGAGACUGGCUCCGAGUGAUAUCAAAAAAGACUAAAGAAGAGGUGGGAGAGUUCAGAGCCCAUGCUGCUGAGUGGACAGCCAACGUCACGGCCGAAUUCAAGGAAACCAGGAGGCGGCUGAGCGUGGAGAUUUAUGACAAGUUCCAGCGCGCCACCUCCAUUAAGCGGAAGCUCUCCGCAGAACUGGCUGGAAACCACAACCAGGAGCUGACUCCUUGUAGGAGGACCCUGUCAGUGAACCACUUAGCCACCGAGAGGGAUGUCUUGCCUCCUUUACUGAAAACUGAAAGUAUCUAUUUGAACGGAUUGACGCCACACUGUGCAGGCGAGGAAAUUGCUGUUAUUGAGAACAUUAAAUAGCCCUCUCUUUGAAAAGCCUUAGGCAUAGGCAUAGGUGAGGACUUCUAUAUGCUCUUUAUGACUGUUGCUGGUAGCAUUUUUUUAAAUUGUGCAUGAGCUCCAAAGGGGAAAAAAAAAAAAUAGACACACCCAUCAUGGUCACCUACCACCGAGAGAAUCUGGAAUUCUGAGCCAGCACUAUCUUUGAUGAUGCUUGUUGAAUGGUCCACUUUCUUUGAUGAGUGGAAUGAAACAAGCAAUGUCUCAUGCCUUUUUGCGCCCAGACUGUUUUCUUCCCCCUUUUCCUAAUGUGCCAUAAGGCCUCAGAAUGAAUUCUAAUUGUCUCUGGUAAUAAUGUAGCUUUGAGGGAUCAGUCCUUAACUUUUCAGGGUCUACCUUACUGAGCCUAGAUAUGGACCAUUUAUGGAUGACAACAUUUCUCUUUGUAAAUGGCAAGAAAUUCUUAUGCAGCCUUUUACCUAAGAAAUUUUCUGUCAGUGCCUUAUCUUACAAAGAAAUAGAACCUCUCUAGCUAAUGUGUGGUUUCUCCUUCCCUGCCCCACCCCUAGGCUCAACUCCGCAGUCCUUUACCCCACAGCUCCCAUUUGAAUACCAUACCAUGCUGGAAACAAUAUGUAAAAUGACUGAAGUGAUGAUGAUGCCUGGAGAAGGAAUAAAGGCCAAGUUAGAUGGACAUUGAAGCAACACUCAGAAACCCUAGUGUUAAAGGCACUGCAGAGAAAUGAGGUGCAAAGAUGGCCCCUCUGAAUAUAUUUAACUGACUCCAAUACCAAUGGUACAAAUACACAGUAUAAUCAUUACCAAGCCAGUAAAAUUGGCUGCUCAACAAUCCUUUUAUCCUGGCAGAUUUGGAAUUUAUCAUUUAUUCAUAACUAUACAUCUUUUAAAGGUGGGAGAAGAAAAAAAAUAUAUCAAUGAUCUGAUAGAAGAAAACUGUUAAAAGGGAUAUUAUUGAGGGUGAAUUUAGACAAUUGGUAUGAAUUGCCAAUAUGAUGAAAAGAUAGCCAAACAGUGUGUUACACGCAUUUGCUAAUAAACGUUAUACUGCCAGCCUCUAUUUGCUUUUUGAUGUAUGAAAGGCUUAUGUGAUUCUUUUUCCUUGAGUAAUUUUUGCCAGAUGAGAGGAGGUGACAUAGUUGGACACAAUCCUAGCCUUCUGUGGGUGCACCUCGGGAGUUGUGACUGAGUGUGAGAGCAGAAGCUGAAAUUGGGAUCACUGUGAUUUUGCACAUGGAAAAAUGCAGAUUGCAGGCAUAAUUCAUCUCUGACAUUAGAGAAAAAGCUAUUAUAGCACAAUUUAAAUCUUG